CCGUGCCACCCUCCGGACGGACUCCGACAUCAAGGCACAACAGAAAGUGUUCAACAAAGUUUGACGAGCCAGAGAGUCGGAUAUUCGGAUUUGGUUGAUUUAAUAAGUGAAGAUUUGAAUUAAAUCAAAAUUAAAAGAUUGAAUUCAACAGUUAUUUCCAUCCGUCUACUUCAAAUACCCCAAUCCAUACCAUCAACAACCUCACACCUUACCACCUCACCACCUCGCACAUAACCAUCAUGUCCCCCUCCACCCUCACCCGCGCUCUGCGCUUCAACCCAACCUCUAUCAACAAAUUCGUUUCCUCGACUUCUUCUUCCAGCAGCGCCGCAUCUCGUUUCUUCACUUCCAACGCCUCGUCUGCGCGCCAAUACUCCACAUUCAGAAAUGCAUUUGCACGAACUCGUUUUGCGGGAAAGCAAGCAAAGAGAUUUCAAAGUACAGAGGCUGCUGCUGCCACUGCGACUGCGCAAGUCAGUUGGUUCAAGAAAAUGUGGGAUAGUCCGAUUGGUGUGAAGACUGUCCAUUUCUGGGCUCCUGUCAUGAAGUGGGCACUCGUCUUAGCCGGUAUCUCAGAUCUUGCUCGUCCCGCCGAGAAGCUCUCUCUCACCCAGAAUGCUGCCCUCACUGCCACUGGUAUCAUCUGGACUCGAUGGUGUUUAAUCAUCAAGCCAAGAAACAUUCUCCUCGCAACCGUCAACUUCUUCCUCGGCAUGGUCGGUGUCGUCCAAGUCACCCGUAUCCUUCUCCAUCAACGCAGCGAAAAGAACAAAUCCCUCACCGAUAAAGCAGCAGAGGUCGGCCACGAAGUUAAGGGAAAGGUCGAGAAUGCUAUCAAAUCAUAAAUUUAUAACUCGCGAGAAAGAUAUGACAUAGGAGAAUAGCUCUUCCCCCAUGGAUAGCCAAAGGAACUCCUCGUAGAGAACUGAAAACAAGUGCAUACUAAAGUUCCAAAAAGAGCAAAUUUGCGAACUUUCUUUUCCACCUUUCGUUCGUCCUAGCGAAUAGGUAGACGAAGAAAACCAGAAUUGAACAAAACGUAGUACAGAGAAUUUCCUUGGUGCGAGGCUUCUUUCUUAUUCGCCUUUUCUUUUUUUUCUUCUUCUUGCAAUGCGCUGCCAUACAAUGCGAAAUCUACAUUCUGAGGUAUAUGAAAGGGGGGUAAAGUAAAUUUCGAUGAAUUAAUCAGUAGUUCAUUAUAGAUAGCUUUAGCGUGGAUGAGUGUGAAGGAUGGAAGAGGAGAGCUGGAAUUGUACAUUACUAUACCUAAGUUUUAUCAAUUCGAAAAUUCUUACUUUCUUUCCCUGUUA